CCGCGAGCUGUCAGUGCCCAUAAACGAAAGUUGUUCGGGCGACUUUCAGCCUCACAUACGUUAUCCGUCGCGCUCAGCUGAAAGCACCGCACUACAGCCGCCGCCGUACCGCACCUGUAUCCCCAGCCUAUCCCUAAACCUAGCCCCAAGCUACACCUCGAGCCAAUCCAAACCAUCACCUCGCAACCCAUGCGUUGCUUUGCGACAUGAAGUCCCGUCUCCAAGGGUGGGGGCCCCUUCCGCCCCCAUUGCCCGUUUCCUCUUCACUCUUUAUCACCGCCCCCUCCCCCGCGACACUGGGCAAUCCUCAUCCCCCCGUACACACCCGACGGCCUUGUGCCACUCUGCAAACAUCAUCAUGCUCCUCGCUCUACUCGAUACUCGUACAGCUCCACCUCUGCAUUCCGUGCGUUGCCUCUUCACAAGCUUCCAGCAAACCGAGCAGCUCCACCUCUGCAUUCGUGGGGGUAACAUCACAUCGCCUCGCCUCGAUCCCCUUCCUCGUGAUCUCUCCUCCCACUCGGACAACUACUCGGGCUCUCUCUCGUAAUUUAUCUCUACUAGUAGGUAUUCGCCGGUCGUCGCGGGCCUCCGUGCCGUCACGUCGCCACCGUGCCGUCGCUGUUCUCCACAGAUGUCGUCUUCACGAGCGUCGAUUUCGCUGCUCCUGCUCCUUCUCGCGCUCCUGGCGCCGGCGGGCGAGCGCGGCGGAGGCGGAAGCGGAGUGCGGAGGGCGUUGGCGCAGACGGACUGUCCGCUGAUCGGGCAGGGCAUCGACCCGUACACGGCGGGGCUGGCGGCCGACAAGACGCCCGUCUACCUCUCCGUGCUGCUCAAGAAGCUCAUCGCCGUCGACGAGAUCCAGUACAGCUUCAGCGCCUACUUCGCCGUCGUUGUCACGUGGCGCGACCCCAGAGUGAACGACACGGUGGCGAUCAACAAGGCGCUGACGACCAUGGGUCCCGCGCUGACGUGGCGAGCCACGGAGAAGUGCAAGCCGAACGCGACGUUUUCCGGGUUUAACAUCAGCCAGAACGACGACUGCCUCAAGAACUUGAAACAGAACAACCUUCCGCAGAUGGACGGCUGCAGCAAGCCAUGCACGCCUGCCGGCAUCACGUGCUGCGACUCCAUCUGGAUCCCCUCGCUCACCAUCCCCAACGUCAUACUCUACCCGCAAGACCGAUACCAAACUGAGAGCAUAUUCUUCUUCGGGGAUUACAGCACCGAUGCCAGUGCCGUGGACAGAGAGGCCAUUCUUGAAGGCACCUUCUCCUCCCCCUUCACCUUCCACAGCUUCCCCUUUGACACCCAGACCCUGCGUUUAACCGUGUCAGUGGAGGGCAGUGGCUUCUACCUGGUGGGCAGCAACUCGGGGCGCAAGUCCGAGCAGGGGGGCGGGCAGCUGGGGGGAGGGGGAGGCUCGUUUGUGAACGACGAGGUGACUGGGUGGAAGAUCACAAGUGUGGCUCUCGACUGCAAUCCUGCUCAGACCACCGUCGCCACUUCCGCCACCUACCAUCCAGAGGACCCCUGGACCGCUGUCCCUGCCAGCUCGGGUGGUGGGGAUGAUGGCAGUGCGAGUAACCAGAGCACCACGUGCAUCUUCACCAUCCAGAUCCAGCGCACCAGCGCUGUCUACGUCAUCUCGAUCCUGCUGCCGGUGAUCCUCAGUGUGUACCUCACCUUCACGUCUUUCGUUGCCAAGCCGGAGGAUCUUGAGAUUCGCUCCGGUGCCUGCCUCACGCUCUUCCUUGCGCUCGCCGCCAUCCAGUUCGUCAUCGACGAUCAGCUCCCACGCACAUCCGCCAUCACCAGCUUCGGCUAUCUGAUGAUCGUCUCCUACGUGGUCAUCUGGUUCUGCACCAUGGAGGCCCUCAUUGUCUUCGCCAUCGCCGAGCGCAUCGAGAAGAACGUCCAGGAGACUGUUAUCGAGAACCUGCCACCCGCAAUGACCAGGGCGUUCACUGUUGCGGACCCGGCAGCAAGCGAGAAGCUGAUGGAGGCGGAAGAAGGCGUGGAGCAAACUGAGAGCACAGAGGUGGAUGCCGUUGCUGAUGCUGCUGCCGAGAGGAGGGCUGCUGCAGCUGAGGAGAAGCAGAAGAAGAACGUCCCGGGCUUGCUGAGAUUCAGGUUGUUCGGCUACCAUGUAAGGCAAGCCAACCCUGACAGAGCCAAGGAAGGGAACUAUCGGCUUGCAGUCAACAUAGACAUCUUUUGUGGUCUAUUUUUCUUCGUUGGCUACACUGUCACCUGGAUAGUUCUCUACACCACUUGACACACGUUGGAUAGCAAAACAUGCCUGAAGUUUAGCCUUUACGGCAUUCAUUGUUGCAUAAGUUAUGCUAUAACAUGUUGAAGGGUGCAAGCAAGCAAUGCAUGUUCCCACCAGUAGAUAGAAUGCUGUAUGGAUGCACUAGACAUACGU